AUGAACCGUCAUACCUAUAUCCCCGAGACUUCGCAGCGGUUUUUAGCCGGCCCGGGGGUGCAGCCCGGCCUUCGGGCUGGGGCUAACUUCCCAAAGUCAUUCGAUCACCACUCUUCGCUACUGCCUUCCCUCUGUGACGCCAGCACUCCUGCAGCUUCCAGCUCGCUCCUUCAGCUCAUUCCUGCACCUUCCAGCACUCCUGCAGCCUUCAGAUCACUCUUGCAGCAUCCAGCACUCCUGCAGCUUCCAGCUCUCUCCUGCAGCUUCCGGCACUCCUGCAGCUUCCAGCUCGCUCCUGCAGUUUACAGCUCACCCCUGCGGCGCUUUACUGACGUCCCGCGUCCUAUUCCAGCACCCGCUGACGACCUUAUCCAGUGCCCACUGACGUCUAGCGCCCGUUAUCGUCCGGACACCGUUCAAACGACCUCUGUCUUUUUUACCAUCCACCGUUUGCAAAUAAAGACACGAUUUCCAUCGUCUACAACGGACCGUCUGCGUUUGUCAUCCUUCUUUGCUAUUGUCAUCUCCUUGCCCUUGUGUCCCCCUUUUAGUUGUACGGUCGAUUGGCACUCACACCUCUCGGCCCGCUGCAACAAGUGGUGA